ACGAUGAAUGGGUUGCGACAAGGGAUCGUUUUGGUGGCAGCUGGUUUUAUUCUGAACGUAGUAUUCCUUGGAAUACUGUUUAAUUACAACAUAAUGAAUCUCGAAUUCCAAGUCUACUUCAAUGCUACAGCCAGUGAGACAGGUAUUCCCGGUGCAGUUUCUAUUGGUAUCCUUAACCUGGCAACGCCAAUGACAACGGUUGUCUGUAAACUUGUCGGGUAUCAAAUUGUGGUCAUCGCCGGCGUCUUAAUGUGUGGCACUAGUCUCAUAGCGUCAACAAUUGUUUCUCAGAUUCACGUUUUGAUUUUUUUGCACGGGAUCCUGUACGGGUUGGGAUCGAACUUCGUCCAUAUACCUCAGCUUCAUUUACUCAGGCACCACUUUUCUGGAAAACGUUACAAUAAAGCUUGUGUUGCCAUUCUCACUGGAAUAGGAGUAGGUAUUGCUAUAACAUCUCUUUUGUUGGAGAAAUUAUUUUUGGUUUACGGAUUGCAGAAGUCAUUAAGGAUCUAUGGCGCAUGCAUCGUGUGUAUCGGACUUUUGGCGUCAAUGGGAACACGAUUGCCUGCGAAGAAACAUUACGAAAGUCACCAAUCAAUUUCAAGUAAAUAUUCGAAACACAAUGAUAAUAUUAAUGAGAACCCAGAGACAUUGGAGACCACUCAAAGUACUGUGCAUACCAAAAGCUGUCACAUAUCACCGCAUCAUGAGUAUCAAGCGCAUUCAAUGGGAAUGGAACUAAAAUCAAAACAUGAUUCUAUAGAAGAUGAGUUGCAAAUUGAACUUUUUAAUACGAAGGGUAUUUCAGUCGUUAGUGGCGAGAAAAUAUCUGAAAAUAUGGAAGAAAUUUCAGAUACUGGUCUAAACGCAGAAGAAACAACGUUGUUUAAUGUAGGAGUGAGUACUAAUUGUUCCCAUGGACAUUGUGUUAUCAAUGAGCAUAUACAGGAAACAGCUGAUAACGAACUUAGCAAGGUUCAUGAUGAACAGGGUGUCUACCAAGCUGGAAAAAAGGCCGGGAAGAUAUACUUGCUAAAAAAAAUGUUGAAAAAUUUAGAUUUUUGGUUGUGUCAACCGAUGUUCUUUCUUUAUUCACUUGCAAUUACAUUUAGUUUUGUAAGCCUGAGCAACUUCAUGGACGAGAACGGUAUGACUUCAGAAGAGGUUGCGUACACAUUGAGUCUCAUGGGGUUCGCUGAUCUUGCGACUCGAGUCCUGUUCAUAUUUGUUGCAAGCUGCCUUCCGGUUUCUAUCACAGUAGUAGUUGCUAUAAUGAAUCUUGCUCUAUUCGUUAUAUCAGUGUUGCUGUCUUUUAACUUUUCAAAUACGGUGUUAAAAGCGUUAAUAUUAGUUAUGAGUUUUCCAAGAGCGCUACUUCUGGCCCUUGUACUCCCAGUCUGCGUUGAAAUAUUUGGAAAACAGUUAUCCGCAGAGGCUAUGUCAGUGGCCUAUUUCUUAAUUGGCAUGGGAGCACUUUAUAUACACACACACAUAUAUUUCAUCGAGGAGCAUCAAAAAGUUGAUACACUCCGCGGAGAAGGCUGUCAGUCCAGCGAGGGAGAUGCCACUCCAGACACCUGA